CAAGACGUUGCUUGAUAAUACGAGUCGCAUUUUAUAUAGAGACAGACGCGUGCAGCAUCUAGUAUAUAAAACAAAGCUGAAGCUUCGUUUAGUUCUAGCGCUUUGUUUAUAUAUUAAAAUCAUGAAAAUUAUGCUAUCUAACAAAACAUUGCACAAGUUUCUGCUGCCGCUGCUGCUGCUGAUGCUCGCCAGCGUAUGGAGCCAGCCAUUAAACAAGCAGCCGGAAACUGAAGGGUCUGUGGCCCAACGACCCGUAUUUCUUAUUGAAAACAAUGUGAACGCUGAGGACGCGAAGAACUAUCAAAUAACGAUACCAAAAGAAGUUAAGCCCGGAGAGCCAUGUUUGACGAUCAGUUGGAAAACCAACCCGGAUGGCAGUGGGCCGGAUGAUCCCAGAAUUUAUAUGGUAGACGGCUACUUUAAGAUCAUGCCAGCCACGGCAAAUAAGCAACAAUAAUCAGUUGGUUAAGUUAUGCGUCUAAGCAUUUCAACAUAAACAUUUCAUAUAUGAGAACCAAUUCACAUGGAUCGUUGGGCCUAAGUGUCUUCCCCUCCGGACUCUUUAAACUGCCAAGACUCAACUUGUUGAUGGGAUAAACAUCUGUGCCCACAGAACGAGGGGGCUUCUAGACGGAAGUAGCUACGGCUACAGCUUAUACUGUUUUUGCAGACAUCGAAAUUAGAUGAUCUAAUCCUGGUAUAAAACGCAUCGCAUCUCUAAUAACACACCACAACAACACUUUCAUUUAAAAAUUUAGUGUCCUUAAAAAAAGGUUUUGC